CACUCUUCUUUUUUUGAGUUUCUCACAAAAAUCCAUUUUUUUUCUUUUUCUUUUAAAAAAUUAAGAAGAAAAAAAAUUCCCCACUUUCUUUUUUCUCCAUAACCACAAACAAACUUACUUCUCCAACCAUUCCCAUUUCUCCCAUAACUCCUUUUUACUUAAUUUGAUUUCAACAUCCCAUGGAAGUAAAUUCCACCUCUCUCAGAAUGAGGCGAAACUGCAACUUGGAACUUCGUCUUUCUCCCACCCCCAACCCCAACCCCAACCCCGCCGCCGUCUCCGACCAGCCCUCCGCCACCGCUGACGACAGCCCUCAAAGCCAACAACUUACCAUCUUCUACAACGGCCGGAUCUGCGUCUGUGACGUUACCGAGCUCCAGGCAAGAGCAAUUCUAAAGUUGGCUACUAGAGAAAUGGAGGAAAAUGGUUUGAGCGAAACACCAUCACCGAUGCUACAACAGUCGUCUCCACCACCACGAACCCCGACCACGCCGGGACUUUCCAUGAAGAAAUCACUCCAAAGAUUUUUGCAGAAGAGAAAGCAUAGGGUUCAAGCAACUUCUCCAUACAACCAUUGAAAGAUAUAUAUAUUAAAAUUAAGGCCAUUGGGGGCUUAGAUCAUUAGAUCGUGUGUUCUUAACUAUUUUGAUCCUUUUUUCUUUCUUUCAUAUAUAUAAAUAUAUGAUGUAAGAGGACAUAAGAACACCUUGAGGCUUUGUAAAUUACUAUCGAUCUCGUUUGUUUUUGUUAAUUUAAUUCUUCAACUUCAAAUUUUACCUUUGUUCUUCACUUUAAUUCAUCUAUACAAACUCAUUUAUAAAACUAUAAAUAGUAUACCAAUGUCAA